AAAAAAAUAAUAAUCUGCAAGGAUCAAUGUCCAAAUGAUAAUUAUCUACUAUUCAUGUACAUAUUAAGUAAAAACAACUAAAUUAGUGCACAGUCUGCUUUUGAUCGUGUAAAAAGGAACAACUCGUUUUCUUAGUGAUAAUAUUUAAAUAACCGUAUUUUACAUACUAAAAUUAAAAUGCUCAAGAAUACAGUAGCACUAAUAACUGGUGGAGCAUCUGGUCUUGGUCGUGGGACAGCUUUAAGAUUUAUCAAAGAAGGUGCAAAAGUUGUAAUUGCAGAUCUUCCCAGUUCUAAAGGUCAAGAACUUGCCAAUGAGUACAAAGGUCAAGCUUUGUUUGUACCAGUUGACGUUACUUCUGAAGAAGAUGUAUUAAACGCUUUGAAAACAACUAAAGUUAAUUUUGGCAAGUUAACUGCAGUUGUCAAUGCAGCAGGUAUUGGAUAUGCACAAAAAACGUAUGAUUUUAAUAAAAAUCAACCACACCCGUUAGAUGAAUUUACUAAAGUAAUUAAAGUAAAUACAAUUGGAACUUUUAAUGUGAUAAGAUUAGCCGUUGGUCUUAUUGGUGACAAUACACCUAACGAAGAUGGUGAACGUGGAGUUAUAAUCAACACAGCAAGUGUUGCAGCAUAUGAUGGACAAAUGGGACAAGCUGCGUAUUCUGCUAGUAAAGGUGCUAUCGUUGGAAUGACUUUACCAAUUGCUCGUGAUUUAUCCAAACACGGUAUACGUGUAGUCACCAUUGCACCUGGAUUAUUUGAUACACCCUUAUUUGCAACUUUACCAGACAAAGUACGCAACUCUUUAUGCAAAAUGAUACCUUUCCCUCAAAGAUUAGGUAAACCUGAGGAAUACGCACAACUAGCACAGCAAAUUGUUGAAAAUCCACUUCUAAAUGGUGAAACAAUAAGAUUGGAUGGUGCUAUCAGAAUGACUUAAAAAAUAUUAUACAUUUUUAUAUUGAAACAGUUGAAGGAUAUAUUUUGAACACAGGGCUAUUACUAACUUCAAUAAAUUUCUUUAUACUAAUGAAAUAUGCAUUUAUAAAUAUGUUGAAUAAAAUUAUUAUUUCUUAAU